GAUUAUGGCGUCACCUGGGGCCCCUGGGGGGGUAUUAUAAAGCCCCUGUCUGGCCCUCUCCACUCCGUCAGAGAGGCUAAAAGGUCCACCGGACACUGUCUAUCCCCGUCUCUACUUUAGAAAACCCCCUUUAGCAUUGAUCCCCACUGUCUCUUGACAACGCAUCCCACCUGAGACCUCCACCCACACUUCCACAUCAUCUCACACCUAUGUCUUUGCGACAAGUGGACAGAGGUGGCAAACGCUGAUUUGACUUUACCAACCCGGUUCACGGUUUGGUAAAGAUCCUUUGAGUGGAUUCGUCUGUUGACGUUCUGAGUGUUUUUGGUCAGACUACAAAAAAAGGGAGAUCCUUUUUUGUUAUUUUUGGCGCUUGCCGAAGACUUAAAAGGUACAGAUCUACCUUUUCUAGAUUUAUUUUUAGUGGAGAGCCUCUGCUGAACGGUCACCAUGUGGGAGUUCAGGUCAAUGAAUUUUUGGCGGGCGGUCUUCGCCGAGUUCUUCGGGACCAUGUUUUUCGUGUUUUUCGGCAUGGGUGCCGCCCUGCGCUGGACCACCGGGCCUCAUCACGUCCUGCAUGUGGCCCUGUGCUUUGGGCUGGCAGCUGCCACCCUCAUCCAGUCCAUCGGCCACAUCAGCGGCGGCCACAUUAACCCUGCUGUCACCUUCGCCUACCUGAUUGGCUCACAGUUGUCUCUUUUCCGCGCCAUUUUCUACAUGGCCGCCCAGUGCCUGGGCGCUGUAGCUGGGGCCGCCGUGCUGUACGGUGUCACACCCGGAAACAUGAGAGGAAACAUGGCAAUGAACACGCUGCAGCCGGGCAUCAGUCUGGGAAUGGGCACCACUGUGGAGGUUUUCCUCACCAUGCAGCUCGUGGUGUGCAUCUUCGCCGUGACCGAUGAGAGGAGAAACGGACGCAUGGGAUCUGCUGCCCUAUCCAUCGGCUUCUCCGUCACCAUUGGACAUCUGAUGGGGAUGUACUACACCGGUGCUGGGAUGAACCCUGCCAGGUCCUUCGCCCCUGCUGUGCUCUUCAGGAACUUUGUCAACCACUGGGUGUACUGGGUGGGGCCCAUGAUAGGAGGUGCAAUGGGCGCCCUUCUGUACGAUUUCAUGCUGUUCCCCCGCAUGAGGGGUCUUUCCGAGCGCCUCGCCACACUGAAGGGCAGCCGGCCCCCAGAGAGCGAGACCCAGCAGGACACCCGCGGGGAGCCCAUCGAGCUCAAGACGCAAGCCCUAUAAACCGGCCCCUGCCCCCCCCACUGGGGCCGAGGGAUGAGGGACAAGGCCCUGAGCUACGCCAACCCCACCUCCGCCAACGCCCCAUGCCUUCACACAACAUCGCACUAGACUAACCCAAAUACUCACAUCUAGACUAACACAUGACAACAUUUAUUUUCCAGAGCCACUGUAAAAGAAAACCUACAAACAGGUUCACAACCUUCAACCUCAACACACAACAAGACUCCUCUACCCCCCAG